ACCCUUUAUACUGAUGGUCAAACAGUUGAUUUAAUUCAUUUUCCUUGCUCUUUUUGAAUAACCUUCUUAUCAACCUAUUGUCUACUAUUUUGUCUGCCAUCUCCGCGGUUAUGUACUAACAUCUGCGCAUUUAGAUUUAAGAAGUAAAACAUAAUUAGCUAUGACCAUCUUUCUUUGUCUACUUAUCAACAUCCAUUUAAUGAUGGGAUACUGGAGCAAUGCGGGAAGUCUGUACGAUGCUCGAACCUGCGGCAAAAAGCAAAUGCACUAUGCAUAUGGACAUAUAGGAGGAAACUCAUACAGACACAGACGCAGUGCUAACUUAUAUGGUCAAAACAUCAACACGAGCACCAACAAGGACUACGAGGAAGAGUACAAAUUAGAAGAGGGGCAACCUGAAGAAGAUGACUUCAACGAUCCGAUGCAAGAAAAGGUAAUGGGUGGUGAACGAGCAAGAAGAGGUGAACUUCCAUGGGCGGUACUGCUUUCCUUCGGAUAUCCCAAUGGGUUAUGCGGUGGGACCCUCAUCUCGAGAAGACAUGUAAUUACUGCAGCACACUGUUUUUGGCCAAGAGACGCGGAAUGCAGCACUUCCAAAAUGUAUACUUUGGAUUAUGUCAGAAGAAAUUUACAAGUAUUUAUAAACGGCACAUGUGUGAUGGCUGGUGUAGAAGGUUGCACCAUAUCGGAUGUUAGCAGUAUGUAUAAAGUUGCACGCGCAUACUACAAAGGAUUUUUCGAGCGCGGUUGCAAAUACACACAUGACAUUGCAAUUCUUGAAUUAACUAAGGAUGUGCCGGCUACAGACCCUUACGUGCGGCUGAGAGCGUUUGGAUGGGGAUUGGACCCUAUAAAAUUCCCCGAAUCUAUUCCUCCAUACUUGCAGAAAUUAUAUCUAGGUUCAAAAAUGAGUCAGAAGAAAUGCAAACAAGUUCUUGAAGACUUCAAUUCUGAAUCGGACGACACAUUUUGCACUGCAGAAGGUCAGGAAAGAAACGUUUGUCAUGGUGACAGUGGCGGAGGUGUAUACGCAACUAUCAAUGGAAGAGAUUAUUUGAUUGGAAUUGUUUCGUUUGGGUCUGACUGCGAAGAAUUGCUAAACAGAACCGCGACGGCAGCAGCCCAGAUGAACACUGACAUCGUGUACCACAAGGACCUCAUCAUGUCAUGGAUUCAGCCUUACAGAACUCAAUUCUAUUGAGCAAAAGUCAUGCUUUGUUAAAAGACUGACUCCUUUGCACGCUUUCCUGUCAUUUACAACGCCAUAAAAAUCGGAAUUCCAUGGUUCAACUUGGUCACAUUACUAUAAGUGAUAAGCCUUACAAAUCAUAACAGCUAUGCUUUCUGUCUUUAAGUCUGAAUCUGUUGUGCUUGUUAUUUUGCUUUUGCCAG